AGUCAGCUGUUGGUAGUUGUUGUUUGUUGUUUUCGUACAAGGUGGUAUUUUAAUUAUUUGGCGUUCAACGAUUUUAAAUAAAAUAUUUUUAUGUUACUUUUUCAAAAAGCUUGUAUAAAAUGUUUGGCUCAAAGACGUCUUUUAUCCUAUGCAAAAGGUAAUAAAAAUUCCAAUGUAUUCGAUGUUGUUGUUAUUGGCGGUGGUCAUGCUGGGACUGAAGCAUGUGCUGCAGCCGCUCGAAUGGGUGCCAGGACAUUGUUGGUAACACACAAAAAAGAUACUAUUGGAGAGAUGUCGUGCAAUCCAUCUUUUGGAGGUAUUGGCAAGGGACACUUGAUGCGUGAGAUAGAUGCUUUAGGUGGUCUAUGCGGUAGGAUGUGUGACAAAUCGGGGGUACAAUACAAGGUGCUAAAUAAACGCAGGGGCCCAGCUGUUUGGGGACCUAGAGCUCAAAUUGACCGCAAAUUAUACAAGAAAGCUGUUCAAAAUGAAAUUUUUGGAAUGAAAAAUCUUGAAGUAUUGUGUGCUUCAGUUGAUGAUUUAUUCAUAGAGGCUGAUAGAGAGAAUGAAAAUAAGAUAAAAUGCAAAGGAAUUGUUUUAGACAGUGGUCAGAUAAUACACAGUUCUACAGUCGUUUUAACUACGGGUACAUUUUUAAGAGCAAACAUAAAUUUUGGUCUAGAAGUAAAGCCCGCAGGACGUAUGGGUGAUGCUCCUGCAAUAGCAUUGGGAAAAAGUUUAGAAAACUUGGGAUUUCGUAUGGGAAGGCUGAAAACGGGAACUCCGCCCAGAAUAUCCAAAGAGUCAAUUAACUACAACAAACUUGAGGCUCAUUAUGGUGAUAACCCACCGUUGCCAUUUUCAUUUAUGAAUGAGAAGGUUUGGAUAAAUGCUGACGAACAAUUGCCCUGUCAUCUAACUUACACCUCAUUAAAAGUUAAUAAGAUUGUUAAAGAAAAUAUGCAUUUAAAUCGGCAUGUUACUGAAGAAAUUAAUGGGCCUCGAUACUGUCCGUCUAUAGAAUCAAAAGUUUUGCGUUUUGGAGAAAAACAACAUCAGAUAUGGUUGGAACCAGAAGGCUUCGAUAGUGACUUAAUAUAUCCACAGGGUCUAUCAUGUACGCUUCCCUACGAGCAGCAAGUUGAACUUGUCAAUUCCAUAUAUGGACUGGAGGAGGCAAAGGUUGUACAACCAGGAUACGGUGUCGAAUAUGACUACAUAGAUCCGAGAGAACUAUAUCCGAGCUUGGAAACAAAAAGAGUCAGUAAUCUUUAUUUUGCUGGACAAUUAAAUGGCACAACUGGGUAUGAAGAGGCAGCGGCUCAAGGUAUAAUUGCCGGUGCUAAUGCUGCAGCCAAAUCGAAACAGUUUGAUCAAAGGGAAAUCUCUCGUCAACUAACUAUAAGUCGAACUGAGGGUUAUAUAGGAGUUCUAAUAGAUGAUUUAACUAGCCUUGGUACAAAUGAGCCUUACCGCAUGUUUACAAGCAGAGCAGAAUUUCGACUUUCAUUACGUCCGGAUAAUGCCGAUCUACGUUUAACAGAAAAAGGUUAUAAUUUCGGUUUAGUGUCGGAAGACCAAUAUAAACAUUUCAUUAAUGUCAAAAAUUACUUAGACGAAACAAAAGCGUUACUUACAAGUCUAAAAAGACACUCUAAUUAUUGGCGUGAACACAUAGGUCUUACUAAAUCCAAAUCAUCUGUAGAGAAAACAGCAUUUGAAAUGCUAGGUAUACCAUCGGACAACAUCACAUUACAACAUUUAAUUAAAAUCAUGCCUGAGGAGUUGGGCAACAUUCAACAAGUAGAAUCUAUAGCAGAAAGAAUUAAAAUAGAGGCAUUGUAUGCACAUUUUGUUGAAGAGCAGUUAAAAGAUGCCGAACAGGUAAGAAAGGAAGAGAGUCUCAUAAUACCAAAGGACAUUGAUUACUUUUCAAAAUCACUAAGUUUAUCAAAUGAGGAGCGGCAGAAAUUGACAAUGAUGCAGCCUCAAACAAUAGCCGCAGCUAGUCGUAUUCAAGGCGUGACGCCUGCGACAAUUGUAAGGUUACUUAAACAUGUCAAGCGCCUACAAGAUAUUGUUUCUCCGAUUUAAUUGGUGGGGACUAUUACAAAAAUUAUUAAAUUAAUUGAAAUAGUGAAAUCAUUUAAAUCGUAUAAUUCUAGAUAAAUUCAAAUACAUCGACAUAAGUAUACAUUGUAAUUAUAUCAAUUCUUUACAAUAAAAUAGUUUGUACAUUUAAUUUAAAAUUGUCUAUUUUUUUAAUUAAUUUUAAUUACAGUAAUAGCUGGUCCCUAUUACUAUUAAAUAUGGCGUAUAUCACUCUUAAUGCAAGGAACUAUAUAUUCCUCUCAAAUUUUAACAUAAUCGGUCCUGAGUAUAGUUUAAUUAUGUUAAAUGGAAUUUAAAAAUACGACUGGAACACUCUCCAUAACCCUAAGAACAUAUACAUAUUUCUUUUGAGUUUUUGUUCUUUUAGGCGCAUCAUGUGUAAU